AAAAAAAAUAAUAAAACAAUUUGAAAAAACUAAUUUGAAAAUAUUUUUUUUAUUUGUGCGUGUUUUGCUUUUCAACAUCAUGAUGUUACGUCGUCAACAUUUCUAUUCAUUCUAUUGGAGCCUUUUGCUCAUGGGAUUAUAUCACAUUACCAUGGAAUGUGAUGCACGUGCGGUAAAUGUAAGCAAUACCUGGACGAUGCCGCAAGAAGGUCUUAAUGUAUUUUAUCGUUUCUUUCGCGAUCGAAUAUCUUGGUUCGAAGCAGAUGCUGUUUGCCAAUUUCAUCAUGCCAAUCUAGUAACAGUUGACAAUAGCUUCCAAUUUGAUGCAACCCGAGAUCUCCUUAGAGAAUUGGAUGUAAAUGAUAUCGUUUGGAUCGGUCUUAUGCGGCCACAAAGCUCGGAUCGUUUUAUGUGGUCUAAUUCACGACCACUUGUAACUAAUACUGGCUAUUGGGCUGAAUCUUUGCCUUUAAUGGAUGCACCGCUCUGCGCAGUUAUUGAUCCUAUACGAGAUUAUCGUUGGCACGCAUUGCGUUGUGGUGGCCCGGAAACAGCUUCGUUCCUAUGUGAAAUGCCAGUGCCCAGCUGGGCAGAUGCUUGCAUUUUGAAGGAUAUGCCAAAUUUAACCAUGCAAUAUAUGGCAGAUACGGCCAGCAUAGAAUUGAUAAGAAAUUGCCAAGAGGAAGGUCUACUACGGACAGCGUGUAAAGGCAAACAGGAUCGAGAACAAGCCCUACAGAGCUUAAUAUGCCCACGCGAACGUUUAGAGGCGCAACGCAUUAAUGAUAUAACAAACUCUCACUUCAAGUCAAUGCAAAUCAUUAACAGUAUACCAACUGAUAAUAACGAGAAUAACAAUAUCGAAUUGUUACCCAUAGACGGCAACUAUGGUUCGGUUAAUGCAAAUUCAUAUACGGAUCAGGUGCAAACCGAACAGAAUACAGUUCAAAAACUAAUUGAACAAUUUAAUGUUGAUGAGCUAAUGCAAGCGGAUGAGCAACCAUCACAGAUGGAAACUAUUAAUAAUUUCUAUAAAUUGCAAGGGCCCAUAGCAAAGCCAGUGAAAAAAUCGGGUAAGAAAUUAACGGAAUUCACGAAGAAAGAUUUAACUAAGCAACAGCUAUUGGAAAAUGAGAAAAAGGAGGAAAUUCUAAAGAUGGAGGAAAUGAUGUUAGGCGAUCAGCCCAUAUCGGCUCAGCGAGGUGAACCGGAAAUUGCUGAGCACAUUUUAGAAGAUGUCGUAUCCAAUGAGAUAAUGGAGCAUUUACCUCACUCUAAAAAAGUGUUAACUGUACCAACAGCGCAAACCUUGCAUACCAUUGAAUUAAUGAAAGAAAAAUUGCAUAAAGGCGAUGAAAAGCAAAAUGAAAAGCUUUUGAAAUUAAAAUUCGAGAGGAAAAUUAUUGCAACAAGCAGCACAGCAGCAACCAUUACCGCUAACACGGCUACUGCUACCACUACAGCGGCAACAGCGUCUUUGAUUACCACAACAGAUAUAAAUCUUAAUACAGAUAAAAGUUCCACUACCGUUAACAACUUAACAACACCUAAGCCCUUCACACAAAUGCACUCUACUACAAUUGUAAUACCAUCUAUUGCUGCAGCUGCUGCCACCAUAAGUCAUCCCAUACACCCUCAGCAACCGCAUAGUAAUGUUUUUACUGAGUCACCUCCUCGUUUGCCGCAUACGAAAGAAACAGCAGACAAUUCACACUUUAUACCACCCAUGCUGUUGGUGAAAUCUCAUUAUGUGCCAACCAGUAAACAUGUCGGCCAUGGCGAACAUCGAACGCUUGAAUACCAUACGGAACCUGUAGAGAAAGUUGAGCAAACUGCCAGCCCUGGCAUCAUAAUAGAAAUGGAAGGCACAACUUUAAAAACUUUAGAUGACACAGCAAAACUAAUUGUUAGUGAAAAAUAUAGAGAUAUAGAAGAAAGUACCAUAAAAGCGGUAACGGAACAGGAAACUAAUAGAAAUAAACCAAACAACAAUAGCAACAGUAUUAGAAUUGAUUACAGUACCACUAAGCAACCUUUAGCUACUACCGAUGAAACAAAACUUUAUACAACUUUACAGACAACCAUCAUUAAUCCGACUACACAGAAAAUUCAAACUAUAUCCAGAAAUGUUGCUGUUGUUGAACAACAAAACGAUGACACUAACACUAUGGAUACAGCUGUCAUUGCUAUACAAGACCAACAAAAAAAGACGAUGAAAAAAAAAAAACGAGAAAUGGCAGAAGAGAAACGAGUAAAAACAGCAAUGUUGGCGUUAAACAGUAAACAAAAACCGGAUCAAAAAGAACAAGCAUUAAUAACUACCAAAACGAUAAGUUACACACAAACAAUUGAACACGCAAACGGAAUGACGGAUAGAGCGACAACAGAAAAGCCAAAAGUAGCCAUAUAUGCUGCGGAAACACAAAACGUACAAACUGAAAUUUCCGUACAAAAUGUAGAAGAAAAAGAUGAAAAUAAAAAACAAAAAUCAGAACAAGAACAGGAACAAGAACAAGAGCAACAAGAAGAACAGGAACAAGAACAGCAAAAAGUAAAGCAAAAGGAAACAAUUGUAAAAACUAUGGAACACACAACAUUUCCUACAAAGAUGACAACAACAGUGAAUAACAACAAAGAACCAAUAACGCUUAACAUAGAAAUUGCAAAGGUAAACGAGAAACCAGAAGAAGAAAACAUUUCAACUUCUAACAAACAUCAACCCACCACGACCACAACCCCCACCACCAUCACCACCACCACCAUCACCGCCAUCACUACCACCACGACCGCCAUCACCCCCACCACUAGCAACGCCAUCAACAAUACCACGACUAACGUCGUUCCCAACACCAGCAUUACGACACAUUCAACGCACCCUGUAGACAUCAAUGUCACGCAAACAACACGUAAUUUUCUAAAAGUAACCACUGAAGAGCCAUAUAAACCUAAUCGGCGACGUUCGCUAACCAAGCCGGAGACGAUGAGUUACAUUAAAAAGAUUUUAGGGUAAAUAAAGGUAAAUCAUAUACGAUGUACCAAACGAAUAUUCAGUAAAGAGAUAAAAAGAAAUUUAAUGCACAAUUUUUUUCCAAUAUUUUGGUAAACUACUUGAAUUAUAACAACAAAGCAGACCAAAAAAAAAACAAAAAUAUAAAAAAAAUAAAUGAAUAAAUGAAAAUAAAAAAAAAAAAAAAAAAAAACCAACAGAAAAUUUAGUAAGAAACGCAUAAUAUUUAGAAAUAUUUGAUGAUGAGAGCGGGACGUAAAUGCCGCUAAUAAAACUGGUAUGUCAAUUUUCAAAGUAUACCGGAGAUCAGCGAGCGAGUUUACAUUACGUGUUUACAUGCUAAAUACUGAAAGAAGUUUACGAAAUAUUUGCAAAACAAGAACGCAGAAGUACGCAGAUAAUAACACACGUAAAGAAAAAAUGAAUUAAAAAAAAACCAAAAUGCCAAAUAUUAAAA